AACGGGAUCAAAUGUUUCCUAGACUGCUUACCGUAGAAUAUUUUUACUUCAUGGCAAAUCACCGCUUAUAACAAUAUUGAAUUCUCCUCUAUAAAUUUUUCAGAGUACCUGGAAAGCAUUUCGUUUGAACGAACCGCACGGGAUGAAAUGUCGGAGAUUCGCGUAGCUUUGAGUGCUGGUGAUACAUCUAACGAUCGAUAACAUCCGAUUAAAUUUUGUAUUAAUAAAUGUCAGACAGGAUGGCUAGCAGAGAAACAUCUAUUAAUUCAAAAAAUUCGGAUGACCACAGUGUUGAGACACUGGCAGAAGUUUUCCGAUGUUUCAUCUGUAUGGAAAAGCUUAGGGAUGCACAUCUUUGUCCUCAUUGCAGUAAAUUAUGCUGUUAUACCUGCAUCAGACGAUGGCUCACGGAACAGCGUUCUCAGUGCCCCCAUUGUAGAGCUUCUCUGCACUUACACGAAUUGGUAAAUUGUCGAUGGGUAGAGGAAGUGACACAGCAACUUGAUACACUUCAAGCUGUUGGUAUAUCAAAUUCAAGGCACGAUGAUUCCAACAGAGAUAGGUGUACCGUGCAUCAUGAGAAGCUAUCUGUUUAUUGCUGGACCUGCCGUAGAUGUAUAUGUCAUCAGUGUGCCCUAUGGGGUGGAACUCAUUCAGGACAUACUUUCAAGCCAUUAGAAGAGGUCUAUGAUCAGCAUGUCACGCAAAUAAAAGCAGAAGUAGGACAAUUGGAACGAAGAUUGAUGGAGUUGAUAAGCCUUGUUCAAGAAGUAGAACGUAAUGUUGAGUCUGUAAGAGCUGCAAAGGAUGAGAGAGUUAGAGAAAUUAGAAAUGCGGUGGAAUUAAUGAUAGCGCGUUUAGAUUCUCAAUUGAAAGCUAAAUUGCUGACAUUAAUGGGUCAGAAGAAUUCUUUAACGUUAGAGACAGAACAACUGGAAGCUUUAUUGCAAGAAGUGGAACAUCAGUUGCAUACUUGUACUCGUUCCGAGCUUAUCAUCAAAAGCGCGGAUCUUUCACGGAUGAUACACCAAGUGAGAAAGAAACCAAUGACGAGUUUUGUGACCGCACCUGUUCCUGCAGAUUUUCAUAGCGAAAUUGUACCAGGAUACGACAGUGCAACGUUCGCGAUGCAAAAUUUUACUCAACUACAAUUAAAAGCAGAUCCAGUCUAUUCUGCACCUUUGCACGUGAACGGAUUAUGCUGGCGAUUAAAAGUAUAUCCAGAUGGAAACGGCGUUGUACGCGGAAAUUAUUUAUCUGUUUUUCUGGAAUUAAGUGCUGGUCUACCAGAAACAUCAAAAUACGAAUAUCGAGUUGAAAUGAUACAUCAAGGAUCUCGUGACACAAGUAAGAAUAUUGUUCGAGAAUUCGCGUCUGACUUUGAAAUCGGUGAAUGCUGGGGUUAUAAUAGAUUUUUCAGAUUAGAUUUACUUGCAACCGAAGGGUAUUUGAAUACAGAAUUGGAUACUCUCAUAUUGCGAUUUCAGGUACGGCCACCAACGUUCUAUCAGCGUUGCAGAGACCAACAGUGGUAUAUUAGUCAAUUAGUUACCGUCCAAAAUCAAUAUGCCACUCAAAUCAAUGAACUGAAAGAGCGACUGGCAAUCGAAAUGUCUCGGAAUGCUAUGACGGCAACCAGAGUAUCCAGUGGGGCUACAUUGUGUGGGUCAACAUCAAAUGUAACAUCUUUGGUAAUGCAGCAACAGUCGCAAGCUGCUGGAGAUCCAUUGCUUAUCUCAAAUUCUACUCGUUCGAUGGAAACGUAUCCAAAUGGCACGUCGACGAGAUCAGUACAGAAUGUCCUUCCUAGUGGAAAUAAUAAUGCCACCAUGUCAGGAGAUCAAUUAAUGCCUAUGUGUGAAUUAGGAGAGCUAUCAAAUAUACGUCCACUUGGAUCCUCUUCGACGUUAUCCUCUAUCUCGUCGAAAACGAGUCUAAAACAACACAGAGUGAAACCUGAAUCACCGAACCUGCAUAGUACGAACGACGGUCUUCCGGGAGAUUGUCAAACUACUGGAGCUCAUUCUCCAUCCCCAUCAUUUUCUUCACCGACGGUCCUUAAUCAGCAACCAUUGAAUCUUCUCUCCAGUAGUAGCAGUAGCGAUAGCGGAGAACUAAGUGAACACGAUAUAUAUUUGGAAGAGUGUGACCAUAAUGAGCCACAUUUAACACUUUUAGAUGAUAACUCUAAUGACGAAAAUGAUGUGGAUGAUGAAACCAUGUCAGGGGAAAACGACGUAGAAGUUGCAGAAUCAUUAACGCCAUGGAUUCAAAACAAACAGCGCACAAAGCAACAGAACAACCGAGACAGUGCAGGAGAUACUUGCAGAUUGCGGGGCAAUGAUAGUUUGGAAGACGAGAUUAUGCUGUUGCAUUUGUUUGAAAUGCAAGAUCGGAACUCCGCUUGGACUUCUUUGUGUUUCAAUCAACAUGUAGACGACACCAGUGAUUCAAGAACCUCUUCAACGAGUUUGCAACAUCAUAAUGCUAGCCCUUUGCAUUACACCCCUACACUGCCUACUCACGGAUCGUCCUCGUUCUUGCAUAAACAUCACGAGCUCGACUCUACGUGCAACGAGCAAUUUUCCGACAAACGUUCCACGUGCCCCUCGCAUCUUUGUCAACCUCAGCUUAUAUGCAGCGGUCGGCCAAAACUGGGGCAACUACCGAACAUCUGCCAGCAAGAAGUUUCUGGAUUAAUAGCUUGCGGUAAUCAAACGAGGUCUGAACCCGCGACUUGUUCGAAUUCGAUAGAUUGCGAGAAAGAUCUUCCAAAGAUAUCUGUAGUUAAUAGAAUUAACCACGAGGUGGAGACAUCCAGGUCGGACUUAAUAGUGCCAAAUGUAGUGUUGGACAGCAAUAAAAUUGUAUCUAAACAUUUGUUGUCGCGACGACAAUCGUCGCCGUCAUCCUCUGUCAACGUUAGUGUGAUAAGCAAUGGAAGCAGUAAAGUAUUUGAAUUUGAACAAUUGCUGGAAACCAUUCAGUUGUAUCCGAUAUCUCAAAAGGACACCGUCGGUUGUUUCAACAAAUUAAGGAAAAAUAUUUCCUCGGAAGGAAAAGGUAAUAGUUGCGCCACCGCCACUAUCAAAUCGGCUGCCCUUUCGUUGAGCCACGAUAUUGCAUCGUCGUCGACGAGCAAUGCAACAGAUGCUGUACCGAGUCCUAACAAUUACAGUUGGGCUCCUGCGUUGUACCAACACAAACACAGUCAAAAGAGUAUUUUGGAGGUAACUAUGCAACCCUCUUCUAACGAUGCUGCCAAUAAAUCUGCUACCGAAAAGUCAUUAGAAGAAACUAAUUCUUCAAAUUCUCCUUGAAUUAUAUUUGUCAUACUUAAUAUUACAAGUGUACUGUGAUUUUUGUUCAUUUAAACGUUAAUUAUUCUUAUUAGAA